GCAUGAGCAGAAGCUUCUGAUUUGGAUUUGGAGCGGAUCUGGCGCGUAAAAGUGGCCAAUCAGUAUCUGCAUACGGUAAAUGCCAUCGAAAUCUGCAAUCAAAAUUCUGCUUUCUCUAGUUUGGAGAAGAGGAGAUCAGGCUCAGGCUGGCAAUUUGCAAUGCGCCAAAACAUAUGUCACAGCCUGCAGAAGGGCGCUUUGAGGCAGCACCAAGCAGCACCAAGCUGAAUUUCCUCUGGACAAUCAUACAGAGGAAGGCCGUCUGACAAUGACAUGUUUCGAGCUUGAAUGAGGCCAUUUAAGUAGUUGGUGGGUGGGUUUGUAAGACCAGGAAUUGCAUCUUAAGGCGCCAACUAUGGGAAAUCGCUAAGCUUUCAAGGUCGUUGCAUUUAUCAGCUGUUGACUUGAUGUCCACUGAAGUAAGAGUCUUGCAACGGUUGAUUUGUGUAUUGAAACAAGGCAAAAUGAUUGGAUACGUGAAGGACGCGGUGCGAGAUGUGCAUACAUAUUUCAAGACGCUGAAUGUGAGGCAGUUGAUAUCACAAGCAAUCAGCCUAGGCUUGAUUGUGUCAUCAGCCUUGAUGAUAUGGAAGGGCCUGAUGGUGGUCACCGGAAGUGAAUCACCGGUCGUGGUUGUCUUGAGCGGAAGCAUGGAACCAGGAUUCCGAAGGGGCGAUAUCCUAUUCCUACAUAUGAGUAACGCGCCGAUCAGAGCAGGGGAGAUUGUUGUUUUCAACAUCGAUGGUCGGGACAUCCCAAUCGUGCACCGAGUGAUCAGAGUCCAUGAAAAAGCAGAGACGGGAGAGGUUGAGGUUCUAACAAAAGGUGACAACAACUUUGGAGACGAUCGACCACUCUAUGCCCAAGGUCAAAUGUGGUUGAAUCGGAAACAUGUGAUGGGGCGGGCAGUCGGGUACUUGCCUUACGUCGGGAUUGUAACAAUCCUGAUGACAGACUAUCCUUAUGUGAAGAUCAUCUUGAUAGGAGCACUAGGCUUGCUUGUAAUCACCUCAAAGGACUGACAGUGGGACUCAACGAAGUCGGCGCGAAAGCUACAAACACAUUGCUGGCACGUCUUAAGCUUUGUUUGAGCUCGUGAUCCGUGUGGUUCAGUCUCCGAACCAUUGCAUUGCAAUGAUGGCAUCCACAUAUGGUCCCCCUGUCUGACUGAAUCAUGUUGUGGAGGUAACUUG